AUAUGGCAGGUACAAUUUCCUUGCCUUCAAUCAAUGGUUCUCUCCCAUAUGGACAACUUAAGCAAAAUAUGGAACUUUGGUCCUCAAGAAACUCUCACUUUUAAACAUUUGCAUAAAGUGGAGGCUCAAAAUUGUAAGAACCUUGAAAAUUUAUUUCCGUAUUGGGUGGCUACAAGUCUAGUCCAACUUAAGGAACUUCGGGUGGAGUCUUGUGGACUCAAGGAAAUAGUGACGAGUGGAGAUGACACUCCAUGCCCUAUCACUACUCAAUUUCUUAUCCCGGAACUGACUUCUUUGGUGUUACAUGAUAUGCCACAACUCAAGAGCUUUUGCUCUAUCAUGUCCACUUUGAAUUGGCCAUUCUUGAUGGAAUUGCGAGUGACCCACUGUGACAAAUUGAACAUGUUGUCUUUUGCGGCAUCCAUGAAUAAGUGGGCUCAAAGAGAUGAUCAACACCAUCUUUUAGACCCUGAAGCACACAUCUCGAUUGAGAGGGGCAUUCCCACUUUGGAGAGACUUUUAUUAGUCGAUAAGGAUAUUGAGAUGAUACAGAACAGAAAAUUUUCUGAUGACAUCUUUGGCAAGCCAAAAGCACUAACAUUGGCAUGCUUUCAUGAUGAAAAUGUCGUCUUUCCUCCCAUAUUCCUCCUACAAAGAUUUCAUAACCUACAAAGCCUUGAGGUCUUUUGUAGUUCAUUUGAAGAUAUAUUCCUUGAUAAAGGGCUCGUUGAAGUGGGAAAACAUCCUGUGCUUGAAAAUUUGAAAGAACUUAAGUUAAGCAAGCUACCCAACCUAAAGCGUGUCUGGAGAGAAGGCUAUUUGGUGGCGAAAAUUCUUCAGAGUAUUAGCAUAUUUGAGGUGUGGGAUUGUCCCAGUUUGACAACAUUAUUUCCAAUCGUGACAUCCUUCCAGAAUUUGACGGAGUUAGUGGUGAAGAAUUCUUCUGGAUUGGUACAUCUAGUGACAGUUUCAGCAAUCACAAAUUUGAUGCAUCUCAUUGACAUGACUAUAAUUGGAUGUGAAAGAAUGAAAGAAGUCGUGGCAAAUGAUGAAAACGGAGAAAGAAAAGUGAUUUCUCUUAGGAAGCUAGAAAGUUUGACCCUCCAACAUCUACCAAGCCUAGAAUGCUUCUCCUCCACCACAAUAUGUAGCUUCGGGUUCCUAUCCUUGGAAUAUGUUAAGGUGGAAGAGUGCCCAAAAAUGAAGAUCUUUUCCAAUGGUACUCUAAGCACACCAAAACUAAAAUGGGCGAGACUGUUUAGAUACAAGUGUGGUAGCCACUGGAAAGGUGAUCUCAAUGCAACCAUACAAAAGUUAUCAGCAUAAUAAAUGCACACAAAAUUGGUAAGAUCCAGUUAAGGUCAUUCUCAUUUAUUAUUAUUUUUUCGCUUGCCUCUGCUUCUCAAAUUUUCCAUCAGCUGAAGCAUCAUAGGUUCUAAACUUUUC